AAUGGCAAAACAAUUUUAACAUCUAUUGCCUUGCACGUGCAUAUGCGGAGGUUUUUAUUUCUUUAAACACACAGGAAUAAUUUUAUUUUAAACCGAUAUGCCAGAGGAAGAUGGAUUGGACAAGAAAAAAUCGCAUCGCGCUCGACAGGCUGGCGUUAAGGCCGUAAAGAAAAAACUAAAGGUCAAAAAAGAUUCAGGGAACACCAAAGAGCCCAACCUCACUGCGAGGCAGAGGAAUCCGAAGGCAUUUGCUAUUAAUUCUGCCCAGAGAGCAGAGCGAAACUUUCGUCGUAAAGAAGACAUAACUGCGAAAAAGCAACAUAUUCCCGUUGUGGACCAGACGCCAGACGAACCCCCUCCGGUGCUUAUAGCAGUGGUGGGCCCACCAAAAGUAGGUAAAACAACGUUAAUCAACAACUUAAUAAAGAAUUUUACGCGCACAAAUGUGACCGAUAUCCGGGGUCCCAUCACGAUUGUUACCUCGAAAAAACGACGCAUAACUCUUUUGGAAUGCAACAAUGAUAUAAAUUCAAUGAUUGAUAUUGCCAAAUGCGCAGAUUUAGUGUUGUUAUUGUGUGAUGCUAGUUACGGGUUUGAAAUGGAGAUCUUCGAAUUCCUGAAUAUUUGUCAAGUACAUGGAAUGCCAAAAAUUAUGGGUGUGCUCACACAUUUAGAUAUGAUCAAGAAUCCCAAGCAAUUAAGGAAACGGAAAAAGGAAUUGAAGCAUCGCUUCUGGACUGAAGUCUACGAUGGUGCAAAGCUUUUCUACCUUUCUGGAUUGUUGCACGGUGAAUACUUGAGAAACGAGGUAAAAAAUCUGGGACGCUUUAUUUCAGUAAUGAAGUUUCGCCCGCUGUCAUGGCGGGGAGCACACAGUUAUUUGCUCGUGGAUCGAGUUGAAGAUGUCACCAAUACAGACCUGAUUCGCCGCAACCCCAAAUGUGACAGAGAAAUAAUCCUUUACGGUUAUGUUCGUGGUGUACCAAUGAAACAGGAACAUUCUGUUCAUAUUGCCGGGCUGGGGGAUGCAAGGAUUGAAGAAUUGAGUGCAAUACCCGAUCCAUGCCCAUUGCCUGGCACGGAGAAAAAGCGCAGUCUUUUGGAAAAAGAAAGGCUACUGUAUGCGCCCAUGUCAGGGGUUGGAGGAAUUGUCUACGAUAAGGACGCUGUGUAUAUAGAGUUACAGGGCUCGCACAGUCACAAAGAAAAAACGGCAGACGCUGCUGAGCAGGAGCAAUUAGUGGGCAAAUUGAUAGAUAAAAAACAAACUGUGGAUAUGCAAAUUGAAGAACAGGAAUUUCGACUAUUCUCUGAUGGUUCUGCCAUAAAGUCAAAAGACUAUAAAGAUGACAGUGAUAUAGAUGAGGAUGAAGAUAAUAUUGAAGAUGAUGAAGAUGAUUCUGGCGUAGAUGACGAAGACAACGUUAGCGUUAACAGUGGCGGUGAAUUUGCAGAUGGUGACUGGCGGGACGAAGAUAGUGAGGGAGAAGCAGCUGAGAGCGACAAUAACACAUCUGAUGAUGAAUAUCAAAAUGUCGAUGAGUUAAAAUCAAAACACAAGAGAAGUGUAGAGGAUGAGGAUGGGGAUGAGGAUAAGGAUGAAGAUAGUGACCAAGAAGAAGAGAAAAUUCUAGCAAACAGUAUGAGCUGGAAAGAAAAUUUAGCUCAAAAAGCGCGUGAAUCCUUCCUUCAGCGACAUUCGGAGGCAAAGAAUAUUAUGCGGCUAGUAUAUGGAUGUUAUACGCAAAGCGAAAGCAAAAAAAAUAAAUUCGACGGCAACAAAAAUGCUGACUCUGACUCUGAAGACGAAUUGGGAGGACUCUUCAAAGUAGUGGCCAAAAAGCAAAGCGAUUUGCAAAAGGAAAAAGAUAUAAGGGAUAAAAUGGAGCACUGCUUCUAUGAAGACUUUUCGGGUAGUACUCGUAACUGGUUGGAUGAAGAAAAUAAGGCCGCUUUAAAAAACUGCUUUGUUACUGGCAAAUGGAAAGCGUCCGAAGAUGCUGAAACAUUGCUGCGCCUGGAUGAUUUGAGCGACGCUGAAAGUGAAGUAUAUGGAGACUUCGAAGAUCUGGAAACUGGCGAAAAGCACAUUGGGAACAGCGGCGUUGAAGAGCCGCAUGAUUCAAAAGAAACUAAUUCUGAUGUAAUGGCAGAAGGUAAUGCCGAAGAAAACACUCGUAAGCGCCGAAUGACUAGGGUGGAGGAGGAGAAUUUAACAAAAGCAGAACUAAUGGCCAAAAAACUAAAACUCAAAGCUAAAUUUGAUGCAGAAUACGACAAUAAAGACGGUUCAAAAGAAGAUGAUGGACGCAUUAAAGGGGACCAUGAUUAUUACGAGGGUUUGAAAGCUGAUGCUCAGAAGCAAUCGGAUUUGAACAAAAGUGAAUUUGCUGCACUAGACCCGGAGUUGCGUAUACAAAUUGAAGGAUUUCGACCAGGCCUUUAUGUUCGUUUGGGCUUUCGAGCUAUACCUGCCGAGUUCAUAGAAAACUUUGAUCCGAGUUACCCAGUACUGGUUGGUGGAUUGAAUAUGACCGAAGAAAAUAUUGGCUAUGUCAACUGCAAAGUAAAAAAACAUCGAUGGUACAAAAAGAUUUUGAAAACUGGCGACCCACUUAUAAUUUCUUUGGGCUGGCGUCGUUUUCAAACCGUACCAAUAUAUGCGAAAAUAGAAGAUAACUUCCGACAUAGGUAUCUGAAAUAUACACCAAAUCAUGUAACCUGUAGCAUGACUUUCUGGGGCCCAAUCACUCCACAAAAUACUGGUUUCUUAGCUUUACAAACAGUACGCCACGAUCUAGAAGAAAUGAAGAGACUCGGCUUUCGAAUUGCCGCCACAGGUAGCGUCAGUGAAAUGGAUAAAUCAGCGCAAAUAAUGAAAAAGCUAAAGUUGGUGGGCCAACCAUUUAAAAUAUAUAAGAAAACGGCUUUCAUUAAAGGAAUGUUCAAUACUGGUCUUGAAGUGGCGAAAUUCGAGGGAGCUAAGAUAAAAACUGUUUCUGGAAUACGCGGUCAAAUCAAGAAGGCACACCACGAACCAGAGGGUUCAUUCCGUGCAACGUUCGAAGACAAGAUUCUCUUGAGCGAUAUUGUCUUCUGCAGAACGUGGUUCCGAGUGGAUGUGUCGCGGUUCUAUACACCCAUCACCUCGCUUUUGCUGCCUGCAGACCAGAAGUCGCAGUGGCAAGGCAUGAAGACGUUGGGUCAGCUGAAGCGCGAACGCAAUAUUCAUAAUCAAGCGCAACCAGAUAGCCAGUACAUAGAAAUAAAGCGUGAACCGAAAAUAUUCAAACCACUUACGAUACCCAAAGCUUUACAGCGAGCUUUGCCAUACAAGGAUAAGCCGAAACUAGGACCACUAACAGACAAAAAGACUCAGGAGUUGGAGCGCAUAGCUGUGAUACGCUCGCCUCAUGAACAAAAGGUUGCAAAGAUGAUGAAUAUGAUUGAGACCAACUACAAAGACAAGAGAAAACGGGAUAAAAUGGAAACCAAGAUCCGCUUGAAGCAAUUUCGUGCGGAAAAGCGUAUUGAGGAAAUGAGAAAGAUGAAACGUCAAAAGGAGGUCCGAAAGAAAAUCUCCCGUGCUAUAAGUAAGAUGCGUAAAAAGCAGGAUAACUAAAAAAUUUUGUGACCAUUGAUUACAUUAGUAUGUAUAGGCUUUUGUAAGUACUUUGAUUAGAAAAAAUAAAAGCAAACAAGUUUUAUUUAAA